AUGGUUUUAUCACAAUCUGAUACUGCAUGCCAGCUUUGUGGGCCUACAUUGGCUUCCUCGGGAUCAUCUGGUUUACCUGGCUCCAAGUCACACUAUUUGAUAUCCGCUUCGCGCGAGACUCGAUCUUCGAGCGAAUUUGCAAGGCCAUCCAACUGGCUGCUAUGGUUGGAUUUGCAUCGGCAGUCCCUGAGCCUUAUUCUCGGUGGCAGUCGACUCUUACUUGCCUUGCAAUACACUGUUAACGCCGUAUUUCUUCGACGGCGUAUGAUGCCUGCAGCUAGGGGUGUAUUUAUUAUUGCCGGGAUGCAAUCUGUCUCAAGUCUGACCUACCUCCUGAUGUAUUAUGCCUUCCGUCCUCGUGAAGGAGUCAACCCCUAUAUUUGGACCGUUUGGUUUGUUCUAUUUGGGGUCGAGAUGUGGGUAGUUAUGGGAACUUCAAGCGCCACACCCGGGAUUGGACUCCAAGAUACCCAUCUCAAUACAAGAAUGGGCCUUCUAACUCUGAUCAUAAUCGGCGAAGGUGUCAUAUCUGUCACUAGGCUUGUCAAUCGGACAGUAGGCCCUGGCGGUUGGACGAAGUGGUCGUUUGUUCAUAUCCUAGGCGUCACAACUAGUGUGUACUUCUUGUGGCAAGCGUAUUUCGACCUUUCUCCGCGACGCGUUCUGGGCAAAUACUCUCAGCAGAUAUGGGCUCAGCUACAUUUCCCGUUCCAUGUGGUCCUCAUUCUCCUCCUUGAAGGGUCUCAGAUCCUUGCCUUGAGUCUGGACAUCACAUUAAAACUCCGGUACCUAGCAGAAACCAUUUUGUGGGCUUGUGAAGAUCCACGGCCCAGACCCGACUACGCCAUUCGAAUUCUUCGAACCACCAUUGCGGAUAUGGAGAUCGACUAUAGCCGAGGGGCCGUAAACGAACAGGUUACAAUUUCCCGGAUCUUGGAUGAUCUCCCCAAUCACCCGCUUUGUCCCUCCCGUCGGACGGGCCAAGUCCCCAUCGCCCGAGACAUGCUCAGUGACCUGGUAGGGAAUGUAACUGCGGCGCUGUUCUCCACCAUGCGGAUCAUGCCUUCGAACCACCCUGAUCCUGGCCGCUUGAGUAGCGAGCAGCUGCUGAGAGGGUAUAUGGCCCUCCUAGAAUUCGUCUAUGUAUACUACUUUGCCGUGGCAUCACUCUCCAUGAUGUUCUUUGGUGCUUUUGUACUAUUAGCGCGUCGCCACACACUCCGCAGAUGUAUUGGCAUCAGUGCAGCGGCCCGCGUGUCCCUUGGUAUACUCCUUGGAAGCCUAGUGAGCUUCUCUGAUCACUUUCCGCUUGUCUAUUCUUUCAUGACAUCCCCCGCCAUAUUAUACGCGUUUACUCUUGCAUUAUUCAUGGGUGAGCUACCAGCCAUGCAUCGGGGACGGAAGGAAUACCUAGAUCCAUCUGCUGACGAAAGUAAUAGUGCUGCUGAUGGACCGGCUUUUGGACCGGUACCAAAGCUACGGCGGACGGACGCAGGAAAGCGAAUUACCCUGAAUUCACCCUGGUAG